UCCUCCCAUGUUUGUUCUGUGAUCUCAUGGUUUUGUCCUACUUCUUGUCGUCGUCUUCUUCUUCUUCUGGUGAAUCUUUUAUGGACUCUUCUUCCUUCUCCAUAUCCACCUCAGCUCCGGCCACGGACUCCCAUCCAGAAAUCUGUCCGCCCUCCCCCACCACCCCACUCCUACCCCCCCCCCUCCUCACCCCCUCUUACAUCAAAAACUUCUUUUUUCCUCUUCUCCAUACUUCUCCUCAUCACCUCCAUCACUCUCGCUUCCACCUUCGCCUUAGUUUUCCCUUUCUUCACUUCUUCCUCUUCCCACUCCCCUACAGCCACUACCAGUGCAUCCUCCAUUUUCACCCGCCGCCUCUCCUCCCACCUCUCUCGCCCCACUGUCAUCCUCAUCUCUUCCGACGGCUUCCGCUACGGCUACCAUUUCAAAUCCAACUUGCCCAACAUCCACCGCCUAAUCAUUAAUGGCACCGAAGCUGUUCCCGGUCUAAUCCCCGUCUUCCCCUCCCUUACUUUCCCCAACCACUACUCCAUCGUCACUGGUCUCUACCCAUCUUUCCAUGGCAUCAUCAACAACCACUUCAUCGACCCAAGUUCUGGUGAAAGCUUUACAAUGAAUAGCCAUGAACCCAAAUGGUGGCUCGGGGAGCCGCUCUGGGAAACCGUCGUCAACCAUGGCUUACCCGCCGCUACAUACUUCUGGCCUGGUUCCGAGGUAGUCAAAGGCUCCUGGCAUUGCCCUCCAGAUUUCUGCAAAAAAUAUGAUGGCUCUGUUCCAUUUGAGCAGAGAGUUGAUACUGUUUUAAAUUACUUCGAUCUUCCUAAAAAUCAAAUCCCUGCGUUCAUUACCCUCUACUUUGAAGAUCCAGAUCACCAGGGACAUCAGUUUGGCCCAGAUGAUCCGGAAAUCACAUCCGCUGUUAUCAGAAUUGAUGGUAUGAUCGGUAGAUUAAUCCAUGGAUUGGAGAAAAGAGGAGUUUUUGAAGAUGUCAGCGUAAUUCUCCUUGGUGAUCAUGGCAUGGUUGGAAAUUGUGAUAAAAAAACAAUUUUUUUAGAAGAUCUAUCUCCAUGGAUCAAAAUACCGCCUGAUUGGAUUCAAUCCAAUUCACCCUUGAUCACCAUUAGGCCUCCUCCAACUGUUUCUCCAGCUGAAGUUGUAAGAAAGAUGAAUGAAGCUUUGAGCUCAGGAAAAGUGGAGAAUGGGAACAAGCUUAAGAUGUUUCUGAAGGAAGAUUUGCCAAAACGUCUCCAUUACUCUGAAAACUAUAGGAUUCCUCCCAUAGUUGGAUUACUUGAAGAGAGCUACAUGGUGGAGAACACGAGAUCGAAGAAGAAGGAAUGCGGAGGAUCGCAUGGAUAUGAUAACUUGUUCUUUUCGAUGAGGACAAUUUUUGUAGCUCAUGGACCGCAGUUUCAGAGGGGAAGAAAAGUUCCAUCUUUUGAAAAUGUUGAGAUUUAUAAUGUGAUUACUGAGAUUCUUGGGCUGAAGGGAGCUGAAAAUAAUGGCUCAGCUCUAUUCCCGAGCUUUAUUCUUUUGCCUAGAGAUUGACUUUGGGUGGAUUAAGUAUGUAUUAUUGUAUUAUUUCCAAGCUUUAUUUCCAAUUUGACUUUUUUAUGGUAUGUAUUAUUGUUGGUGUUUUUCGUUGGAAUA